AUACAAUUAGCUGUUUGUGGGGUUGGCAGUAAGCGAACGGAUAUACGGCAUUAUCCGUUUCAUGUAGUUCAAUUCUGGGGACUUCUACGUACGUACCUACAAAUAGAAUAUUUUGACAGAGAAAUCCGAACUAUUGUUCUUAAAUGUUCACCUAUUUAAUUUACUUAUCGUGGUUUUAUCGGAGCUCAUUAAUUGCUGCGUGACAUUCAUGGCAUUUCAGGACUAGAAAGAUAAAAGACAAAACUGAAAGUUUUUUUUACAGGUAUGAUAAACUGAAUAACAAUGAUGAUUCUGUCAUGCUAUUUCCGACGUAUCUUGAUAACAGCAUUAUUUGUUACUUUCAUAUUCUGUGUUAUUCAAGUUUUCCGACUGAAAUUGUAUUUUGCUGAUAAUGAUUUAUCAAAUUUGGAUAAAUUAAUACACAUAUCUCAAUUAAUUGAAGAAUCGGAGCAAACUAAUGUUGGAGAAGGAGUUGUGGCUUGCAAAUUACCUCAAUUGGAUGUAUAUAACCCAGAAAUUACAAAAUUUAUACACAGUGUUCCUCCUUUAAUAUGUACACCUGAAGAUUGGGUCAUAGUUAGCGGUUCGAAACUUAUUAUCAGUGAUAAAGCAAAGAAAAAACAUGGCUUGAUAAAAUGUUCUUUUAGUGAAAUUCUUAGAGACGAUGAUUAUAAUGUAAUAUUUAUGACUGCCGUUGAAUCUAAUGAUUACUAUGAACUUAGAAACAGUGAUUUUGUAGAUGUCAAAUGUGUAUCAAAAAAUGGCAAUAAAUGGCACAGUAUUAUGGCUGGAGUAAAAUUUGAUCCUCAGGAGAAAGAAAAAAGUAAAUGGGAAAAUGUUGCAAACAAUGCCCUUAAACUAAAUGUACUCAUGUUGGGUUUUGAUUCCCUAUCUCGGAAUACAUUCAUACGCAAAUUGCCAAAAACAUAUCAGUACUUAAAAGAAGACUUAGGUGCUUUAGUUCUAGAAGGAUAUAACAUAGUAGGUGAUGGGACACCUCAAGCACUCAUUCCUAUCCUUACUGGAAAAAUUGAGCUUGAAUUACCAGACACAAGAAAACGGAUGGGACAAAAAGCAAAGUUUGUUAAUGUGUAUCCAAUGAUAUGGAAUCAGUACAAAAAGCAAGGGUAUAUAACAGGAUUCAUGGAAGACGUACAUCAUAUUGGAACUUUCACAUAUCGCCUGAAAGGUUUUAAGGAACAACCAACAGAUCACUAUAUGAGAACAUACUAUUUAGCUGCUACUCCAUAUUUCAGAUAUUUCAACAAAUUCUGUAUUGGAAGCAUUCCAUUACAUAUGGUAAUGUUGAAUUAUAUGAAAGAAAUUUUCAAUGUUUACAAACAUCAACCAAAAUUCUUAUUUGGAUUUCAUGGAGAACUUUCACAUGAUUCCUACAAUGAUAUAGGAGUAGUAGAUGGAGACUUAGGUAGAUGGAUAAAAGAUUUAAAUGAACUUGGUCACUUGAAUAAUACAUUAUUAAUAUUAAUGAGUGAUCAUGGACACAGAUUUGCAGAAAUUCGCAACACUUUACAGGGUAAACAAGAAGAGAGACUUCCGUUUUUCUCCUUUGUUUUUCCUCCAUGGUUCAAAAAAGUUUACCCAAAAGCAUACGCGAAUUUUUUGCAUAACACUCAUUAUUUAACAACGCCAUUUGAUGUACACAAAACAUUAGAAAAUAUAUUGAAUUUUGAAACUCCGAAGGAUGGUGAUCGUCACCAAAGAGCAAUUAGUUUAUUUGAUAAGAUACCAUUAGAAAGAACAUGUAAAGAUGCAUUUAUAGAACCGCAUUGGUGUGCUUGUCUUAGUUGGCAAGAAAUUUCAACUCAAGAUACCAAUGUAAUUGCUGCAGCCAAAUAUUUUGUACAGUUUCUUAAUGCUUAUACGGAAGAAUAUCGUAAUAUAUGCGAAAAGUUACAACUGAAGGAAAUAUUAUGGGCCGCUAAAUUUGUACCUAAUACAGGCUUAUUAAAAUUUCAAAAAUCUGGAGAUUUAGAUGGUUUCAUUGGAGACUUUAGUGCAAGAACAAAACUGACCAGUGAAACUUAUCAAGUGAAAGUAAAAACAGAUCCAGGAGAUGGAUUGUUUGAAGUAAGCAUUACAUAUGAUAUGAAGAAAAAUACUUUUUCAACAAGGAUUUCAGAUAUCAGUAGAAUUAAUAUGUAUGGAUCUCAAGCAAGAUGUGUUGAAAAUUCAUUAUACCAUUUAAGAAAAUAUUGUUACUGUAAGGAGUGAAUAGGCAAUAAUUUAUAAAUUUUGAAGUAUAUCUGAGAUCAUCAUUAAAAAGAAUGUACUUUUCCAACAUAUUUCUAUAAAAUGCCAAAGUAUUGUUAUAAACUUAAUAAGGAAUAUAUUUUUUUUAUUGUU